UUUAAAUUACUCUCUUUCGCUUUACUAUUUACCUUUUAUGGGUCAGGCUGAAGGAGUGGUUACGGAGUUGAGCGUGUUACCGUCUUGUUAUACCUUCACACGUUAUUUUACGAACGGAAUAUAACUUUCAUUUCGACGUUUGGCAUUGGGGAGUUGAAAUUCCCUACAUAUUGUGGCUUUGUGCUCUUUAACAUUUAUGUUGGGUGAAUCAUUUCGAGCUUUCACCGUUCCUGACUUAUCCUGUUUCAAGGGACUUCCGGAUUCGUGAUCUCAACAGUCAACAGUCUGCUCGGACGAAAUAAUCCAGGGUCUCGUCCAGCAAACAAAGUCGCUGGUCCGCUGACAACAUGGAUGACAUUUUUACUCAAGUGCGGGAAGGGAAUGCUUUCAAUGUACGAGUGUGGCUGGAUAACACAGAGAAUGAUCUUAACAAAGGGGAUGACCACAGAUUCAGUCUGCUGCACUGGGCUGCUCGUGAAGGUCGCGACAACAUUGUGGACAUGUUGAUCAAGCGGGGCGCACGCAUCAACGCCACCAACAUGGGAGACGACACGCCCAUACACUUGGCCGCUGCCCACGGUCACAGGGAUGUUGUGCUCAUGUUACUUCACAACAAGGCAAACGUGAAUGCUAUCAAUGAGCAUGGCAAUUCACCAUUGCAUUAUGCUUGCUUCUGGGGCUAUGACCAGAUAGCUGAGGAUCUCGUCAGUAAUGGAGCUUUGGUCAGUAUAGCCAACAAAUUUGACGAUGUUCCACUAGACAAAUGCAAGCCUUUCAUGGCUAAAAUGCUAAAGGAAAGAGCAAUUGCUGUGGGGCAAGACCUGAGUAAAAUUCCCUUCAAGGAUCGUAGCUGGUUGGGCUAUAAAACAAGAAGUCGUGAUGCAGUCCUGUCCAGGUACACGGGGAUUGAUAUUAAAGAGCUUCAGCUGGUGGGACACAUUGCAAAGACACACUCUGGGGAGACAUGGCGAGGAUCUUGGCAGGGAAAUGACAUCGUGGCAAAAAUCCUCAGCAUGAGAACUGUUUCCGACAGAAAUAUCCGAGACUUCAAAGAAGAGUUUCCCAAGCUUAGAAUUUUUAACCACCCUAACGUGUUGGCUGUGCUGGGUUGCUGUGCCCCCAAAGACCCUCCAGAUCUGGUGGUCAUCAGUCAGUUCAUGCCCUUUGGCUCCCUGUACAACACCCUUCACGGAGAGUCUGAUAUUGUGGUCGACCAGAACCAGUCGUUGCGCUUCGCCAUCGACAUUGCUCGCGGCAUGGAGUUUCUACACUCGAUGGAGCCCAUGGUGCCCAACUUUGUCCUCACCAGCAAACAUGUCAUGAUUGACGAGGACCUGGCUAAGAUAAAUGUGGAUGACCCCAAGUAUACCUCAGGGGACGUCACUCUCAACGGGCCUUGCAGAGCGCCCCUGAGGAGAUCAACGUGCGAGCCGCUGACAUGUGGAGCUUUGCCAUUCUGCUGUGGGAGCUGGAGACGAGAGAGGUGCCCUUUGCCGAGCUUGAGCCCAUGGAGAUUGGCAUGAAGGUAGCCUUAGAGGACCUGAGGAUCUCCAUCCCUCCCGGAAUCUCGAGUCACAUGUCCCGUCUGAUCAAGAUCUGUAUGAACGCUGAGCCGGGGAAACGACCAGGCUUUGACAUGGUCAUCCCGAUCCUGGAAAAGAUGAAGAUGUCCAGUUAGGCAGCCAGUCCCUUCCUGUUACUGAUGUCACAACAUUAUAUCUUAAAUCUUUCUGUGCCUCUAGUGCCAGUACGUGGGCUGGGUCUUCCUUAUCAGUUCUAAAUGUGUACUACUGAUAAAUCAUGGUGCAGAAGGGGUUAAUUAAUUCUUCUAUCAAACCACAGUUAGAUGAUCGUUUUGUCUUGUGGGUUUGGACCUCUCUUGGCCUCCACUCUGAGUGGCCUUUGUUUUCUAGGCAGCCAAUGAUAACUCACUGAGCCCUGGCCAGUCCGGAAUCGCAACAGUCACCCAGUUCUGGCUGUCUUCACACUUUAAAAAAAAAAAAUUCUCAGGAAUGUAAAUAUUAAGCUACUGGCUUCAGUUUGGUUUGAGAUAAUGAUACAUUUCUCCUCUUUAUAAUACAUUUAAUUUUUCCAAGUUAUCCGUAACACUUUUUUCCCCACAAAAUUUUUAAGCACCCCUGUUUUUUUCAAAUUCAGAAAGCUUUUCUGCUUACUGAAUGUGACAGAAAAUAACACCCAAAAUAAAUUAUUUUAAGACAAGAAUAUGAGCUCUUGAUCUAGCUAUAUAUAGUACAUCUUCAUUUCAAGUUGGGGAAAAUUGUUAAACUAAAAAGCUUUGUACAAGAAUUAUAUGGCAUUAUUAGAACGUCAUUCGAUGAAAAAAAAUGGGGGAAACCCGAUCCCAUCUUUAGUUUGGGAUCAGGGCUCAGCCCCGAGAUAUCCCAGCUAUGUUCAGGACCAGGGCUCAGUGAGUUGACUCCACCUGAGGUCGUAGUGUGCAUGCGCUUACGGUACACACUAGUCUCUAUCUGUGUACUGGUUUCUUUCUGCUUGGGCCUCUGUUGGUGGAACAAUGGGGGGGGGGGAUGGUGGUGAUGAUGAACCCUCUGAGUGAGGGGGAUGCAUCAAUAUGUGUUCUAGUUGCAUGUAGGCCUACAUACAAAAUGUUGGCUUUGGAAUGUAGGAAAAUUGAAGAAUAAAGAAGGCACAGUUUUUGGACAACUAAGAGUACGCGGUUACAUUUUUAGGAAAAUGCUUUGCUAAAUACGGGUCAAACGCAUGAGGGAAAAUUAUGGAAAUGAUACCUGAAACUAUUAAAAGUAUGAUAAUUGUGUUCUAAGUAAGUAGUCAACCUUCUACUUAUUUCCAAAACACAAUUAGGAAAAAUUUGACUUUGUAUAAAUAAGUAGUCACUUGUUCCCCUUAACUACAUCACAAAUGUUUGGGAAGGGACCGAGGUGAUUUUUAGGCUUGCGUUGAUUCAAGUAUAAAACACUUCUAUUUUUUUUCAUUACUGUGUCAAAUUUUUAGGCUUAUAAAAAGUGUUUGAAGGUGCAGGGGAUUCUUUGAUGGCUGUACUUUAAGUCGCCGGUAGAUAUGUAGUGUAAGACAAUCAAUCUGGUUGGACAUUCGUAACUUUACUUUUUUGUCCCAAAAUGAAAAGAUUUUCCUCCAUUAAUGAAUAGAAAGAGUGUUAAACUGGACAACGGCACAAGUGCAAUAAAAUAGAAAAUAAUGAUCCGAUUGGCCUGGCUUUGUGUGUUGAGACCUCUGAUUGGCCUGGCUAUGUGUUUUGAGACCUCUGAAAAAAAAAAUGCUAAAGAUACAUUAGAGUAAUUACGCAUAUCGUGAAGGCAGCUGGUGAUGAGGUUUUAAAAAACAGCUGGGUCUGACAGGCUGAGAUAUAAUUAUAACUUUUGGUAUGGUUGAAUUUUGAUAUAGAUGUGUGGCUGCAACGAAAGACAGACAUUUUAUGCUGUCAAGCUCGUGGAAAAAAAUUACCCAGGCUGUUCCGAGAGUAUGGUGUAAAAAGGAAGGAGCUUGCUUGACGCUGGGCUUUUUCCAAAGAUGUUUUGGAUAUAGUUAUUCAAAAACUCCUAGAAAAUUUAAUGAAAGUCCUAACACAUCAAUGAAAAUGAACCAUCCACACUAGCAUGAAACAUGUGAUAGAUUGGAUACCACUCUUAUUUCAUCUCAUUUCGUGUUAAAUGUUUUUGGUUAUUUCAGAUAUUAAGCAAAUCUCACACUGCGCAAAAAUUGUUCCCCGCAUAAUGAAAUGAUAACAUGUCCCAAAAUUAUUCAUCAUUUCUACGUCACUCUUUCAUAUUAUGAGUUUGAAUUUGUAAUGGAAUCAAAAUAUAUAUAGAUUCUACAAGUUUACAGAAGUAGGUAACUGAAUGUUUGUAGCUUGAUCCAUUUCAGAAAUUUGGCUGUAGUAGUACUUCUUUUGUUCGGUCCUGUGGGAGACGGACGUUAAAUGAGGAGGUCCCGCCUCUUCAAUAACCUAAUAGUGUUGAUAGGGGCAUUAAACCCAUACGCUUACUUUAUUAAUUUUUGUUUCACGUACAUCACUGGCACUGUUUUGACUGCUGUAGAAGGGACCACUUCCUAGGCUACCACUUCAUAGAGAUAUCUUCCUGAUCUCUGCCACUCGGACAAGGAAGCAUAGCUACAUGAAAAAGUAGCCAGCCUUCAGCGUGGUUAAUCGUUGGCAAGCCAUUCAAAUGUUCUAAACCCAAUAAGUAACAUUUUAAAAAAUUUUCAGGAGAAAAAAAAAAGGUGUUGAUCUUUUAGCAAUUGUACGUACUUUAUGCAGAUCUACCUAUUCUUGCCUUUGUGAACAGUUACAAUUGGGAUUUUGACCAAAUAUUUUUAGCUCAUGCAACCAAUACCACAGAUUAACGCGAUACCCCUAAGGGACGCAGAGAGCAUUUACGGUACCUGUUUCCUGGUAUGUGGGGAUAAGAGUUGCACACUCUGUGCACUGCAUAGGUGAAAAGUGUUAAGAAACUGCAGUAAAAUAUUUAAAAAAACAAAUUUUGGGACUAGUACAUCUGAAAAGCUGGCUAAUGAUAUGCAGCACAAAAUUGAAUAUACGACUAUUGGGUAGGGACCUAGGCAGGGGAGAUUCUCCCACAACAGUCGGUUGCAUUUACUCUUGAUAAGUCAUUGGGAUGUUUUUGAAGGUACCGUAUUGUAAGAAAUGCACUGUCGGCCAUUUCAAUGUUUACUGAGCCACUUAUAGUUCGACUUGGAAUUCUGCUGUUAGCUGCCAUGAGUUUAACAAGUCUCCACACAAUUAUUAUGUUUUGGCUUUUUCGAAACAUUUUUUUUAGUCAAUUGCUGAUGGAACUUGAAAGCCCGGAAUUGUAGGUUUUGGCUAACAGAUUUGAGUAGUUUUACCUUCUCUUCUUCACGCCUCUUUUGCCUGCUGUUUUGAUUGUUCCUAUCGCAACAGUAUUGAAGGAUUUUUUAGCAUUUAUGCCACAGAUUUGUUGCUGUCAUUUUAGGUUUGAUCUCUGAAAUAGUCUUCUUGAGACUGGAACUAUGGAACUAUGCAUUGUUGAAGACGAGACUUUUCUCCCCUGCCUUUUUGUUAAUUUUUUUCCGUGUGAUUUAAACUUUCCUUUCACAAGUCUUGAUGCUAUCUCAUGAAUUACAUAUAAUACAGUUGUAAGUAUAAUAAAUCUUCACUGUUUGUGCAUGUUAUUGUAUGGUGUAAAGUGCUUUUAUAAGUUACCUUCUUUUCGACGGAGAGGUUUUGUGCCUGUCUAUGGUUUGUUUGUGAGAGAUUUAAGUGUGUUUGCGAUUAGUUCUUUAUACAUUGUAUUUUCAUUCUCUCCUUUAGCCUGUGCUGUCUACACUUGUUUGAUAGUGCCUUUAGAAUGUAUAAAAAAUGCUUAAAUUUUUUUUUUUUACUUUAUAGAAAGCAUACAGUGGUCAAUAGAGAUCAUGGGAAACUAACCAGCCUUGUUCUGUUGGUGGAAAUGAAUCUCUAGUCUAAGGCAGUUGAAGUUUUGAGUAAAAGAAAGCUCAUUGCUAUUUCUAUGCUAAAGGGAAAAUAGUUUCUUAGUCGGAUGUCUUUUUUUCACUCAAGAGUGUAUGUUUUGAUGACAGUAGUUUUGUUUUCUGCGGUUGAGUGGAUACCAGUGUAAUUGUCUUAUUUUGAUGAAAACAAAAUUUCAAUUGGUGCUGAUUGUAAAUAGUAUAUCAUAAUUAUAUUCCUUUGAAGUAUUAUUGUUUUACAUUUUUUGUUGGAUAUUUAUGGAACAAUAGUUAGCUGUUUUUAUUUUUUCUUUAGAGCUACCUUGUGUUUUUAGCUGAUGAGUAUGAAGAUGACAUAGCAUUUAUAGUUGUUUUUUUGUAAACUAGUCCCAUUAUUGUCUGCUCUGCUUAUUGUGACGGAACUUUUCAUCGGGUCAUGCAUUUAUGAGUUACCCAUUUAUUAAGUAGAAGCAAAAAAGGCUACACUGACAUGUGACACAUACUUACAACUCAUGUAAGGGAAAAGUUUGCACAAUGGCUCUUUACAUUGUUGACAGUCGGCUUGUUUUAUAAAUAUGUGGAAUGACACGCUGGAAUCAGGCACUUGUUAAUUUUUAAAAAAAAUUUUUUAAUUCUAUAAGAAUCGCCAGUAGGAAUUUUUUUAAAUGUCGGAGGGGGGGGGGGUUCAAUUUCAUUAUUUUGAGGAGCGUCUGAUUUCCCAACGAUGCCACACUUAUUUGAAGAUUUCUUUUUAAAAAGUUGUUCUACCAAUGGAUUUGGUGCCUAGAGUUGCAAGGUGCAGAUAUAAUACUGCAGCACUUUUUGAAAAAAUAAUGGCUGUGAUCACACCUCAUUAUUGUCACUGUGUCCCUGUGGAAGUAUGGUACCUACAUGGGACAUGCAUAUAUAUAAAUAUGUUUACAGACCUGCCAGUCCCCAGAAAAAUUGUGUAUCGGAAGACAUUGAUCAAGUUUUUUUUCUAGCUACAAUAAGACCUGCCUGAAGCUAUUGACCAUAAAGUUGUAGUAAUACCAACUAUUAUGACAUUCUGUGUAGAUUUAGAUUAUUUUUCGGUUUCCAAUUCGCUUCCCGUCAGAAGUUUGUCGUUAAGAUGAGUUUUUUUUCUUUCCUUCAAGAAAAUCUUAGAAAUAACAUUUUUUGGUCAUGCAUUGAAAAUGUUGAAAAUGAUAUUUUUGGUUAUGAAAAAGUGGCAUUGGCAGGUCUGUGUUUGUAUCUUUGUGUGGAGACUGGAACUGAAAGGCAUAGCACAAAAGUUGGAGAUUAUUUAUUUUAUCAUUAAAGUAUAACUGUGCACCCUUGUUAAAGACUGCUGACUGGUAGGGAAGGCAAGAGGAGAGGGGAAGAAGUCUAACUUCUGUAGUUGAUUGUUAGAAGUGGUCAGAGGAUGAUUAUGGUGGUAAAAAUGAUUUGUAAUGUUAGUUGAUUGUUAGAAGUGGUCAGAGGAUGAUUAUGGUGGUAAAAAUGAUUUGUAAUGUUAGUUGAUUGUUAGAAGUGGUCAGGGGAUGAUUAUGGUGGUAAAAAUGAUUUGUAAUGUGUACUCACGUAUGAGUUGAAUGAUGUUAGGAUAUUAUAAUGGUAUAAUUGGUUAUUCAGUGAAUCCAGUACAUUGAAAAUCAAGUGUAUUAUCACAUCUAUGAGUUCUGUAAACAUACAAAUAUAUGUAUAUAAUUAUUAUAUUAUAAAUGUAAAACUUCCUAAUCUUAUAAAUGUUAUUGGUGUACACGAGUUCUACAACAUACUCUGUGAAUAUCUAAUAAUACGAAGAGUAAUUCUCCUAACCCCUGAUUUCAUCCAGUAUAUUUGAUGUCUUUGUUUCAUGGAUUUCAUUUUAGCGAGGGUGCACUGUAAUUCAAUAGUAAUAAUAGUUUCUAAUCCAGAGCCAAUCAAGUGUUGACUGUACAAGCACUGAUUUGAUGAGACAAGUGUUGUAGUAAAGUCCAUUUACCCCCACUAUGCCAUACCCAUACACUACGUAUUGUGUAUGCCUUAUUGCCUUACUUAUGUACAGAAAUAUUAUGUUACAUGUAUAUAUAACAUCUGCUCCACUUUAGUAAACUGCUACUAGUAAAUAAAGAUUUUACUGUGCAUGAUAUAUAUAUA